AUAUUUACUGAAGUUUUUCAAACCUCCAAAGUUGGGAUCUCAGCUACUUAGCAUUAUUUGGAUGUGACAUCUUUGAGUUUUUACUUUCUAGUUUCUAUACCUUAGCACUCUAUCUAUCUGCUUUUUUAUGUUGUUGAUUUGAGGGGACCCGAGUUGUUGGAUCGGAGACAUGGCGGAGGUUUCCAGCGAUGCGGCUGAGGGAGGCUAUUCGUCUGCGGUCACCGCGCUGCAGCCACACUUAACAGUUUCAGCCUCAUUUAAGGAGAGUGGAGGGAAGGGCUCGUCCAGGCGACGAACCGUUAGGCCUAGCUUCGACGCUGAUAAUGAGUUCAUUACAUUGCUGCACGGCUCCGAUCCGGUCAAGGUGGAGCUCAAUCGCUUGGAGAAUGAAGUUAGAGAUAAGGACCGGGAAUUAGGGGAAGCGCAAGCAGAGAUCAAGGCCUUGAAGUUGUCUGAAAGACUUCGAGAGAAGGCCGUAGAAGAGCUCACUGAAGGGCUCUCAAAAGUGGAGGGUAAGCUCAAGUUAACAGAAUCUCUUCUUGAAACCAAGAAUCUUGAAAUCAAGAAACUGUAUGAUGAGAAGAAGGCUUCCAUGGCAGCUCAGUUUGCAGCUGAAGCCACUCUUCGGAGGGUUCAUGCAGCUCAAAAGGAUGAUGAUAUGCCACCAAUUGAAGCCAUUCUUGCCCCGUUGGAGGCUGAGUUAAAGCUUGCUCGGCAAGAGAUUGCAAAGCUUCAAGAUGAUAAUAAAGCACUUGAUCGUCUAACUAAAUCUAAAGAAGCAGCUUUACUUGAAGCUGAGAGGACUGUUCAGAUUGCCUUGGCUAAAGCUUCUAUGGUGGAUGAUCUCCAAAAUAAGAACCAAGAAUUGAUGAAACAGAUAGAAAUUUGCCAGGAAGAAAACAAAAUUUUGGACAAAAUGCAUCGCCAAAAGGUUGCAGAGGUAGAGAAGCUUACCCAGACUAUUCGGGAGCUGCAAGAGGCUGUUCUCGCUGGUGGUGAGGCUGCAAAUGUGGUCAGGGAUUAUCAGCGAAAAGUUCAGGAGAUGAAUGAGGAAAGAAAAACUCUUGAUCGAGAGCUGGCCCGUGCAAAGGUAACAGCCAAUAGAGUGGCUGUAGUUGUGGCAAAUGAGUGGAAAGAUGCUAAUGACAAAGUGAUGCCAGUAAAACAAUGGCUUAAAGAACGGAGGUUCUUGCAGGGAGAAAUGCAGCAACUUCGGGACAAGCUUGCUAUAGUAGAGCGAACAGCAAAAUCUGAAGCACAUUUGAAAGAGAAAUAUCACUUGCGGCUCAAAGUUCUAGAAGAGAGCUUGAGAGGAUCUUCAACCAGUAGUCGUGGCACAUCAGAGGGAAGAAGUGUAAGCAAUGGGCUUUCUAGACGUCAGUCGCUUGGUGGUGCUGAGAACUUUUCAAAGCUUACUCCCAAUGGCUUUUUAUCCAAGAGAACAUCAAUCUCUCAGCUGAGAUCUUUGUCCUCUGGUACAAGUACCGUGUUGAAGCAUGCUAAAGGAACAUCUAAAUCAUUUGAUGGAGGCACAAGAUCAGUAGACAGGGCUAAAGUGCUCUUAAAUGGAGCUAGCACAAAUAGCUCAUUCAAUCAGCCCUGUGAAGGAACAGAGGGUGAGACACCUAACAGUGACAAACCUAUUGAGUUCCAGCCAGCUGAUGCAGAAGAUAGUGUUCCAGGGGUGUUAUAUGAUUUGCUGCAGAAGGAGGUCAUGGCUUUAAGGAAAGCUGGUCAUGAAAAAGAUCAAAGCCUCAAAGAUAAGGAUGAUGCUAUUGAGAUGCUGGCAAAGAAGGUUGAAACAUUGAGUAAGGCAAUGGAGGUUGAGGCUAAAAAGAUGAGGAGGGAAGUAGCUGCAAUGGAGAAGGAAGUUGCUGCCAUGCGUGUGGAGAAAGAACAUGUGAACAAGGCCAAAAGGUUCAGUAAUUUGAAGGGUCCUGUUAACACUGCACAGCUGCUUUCUAGAAGAAAUGCAGGUCAAGGUGGAUUAACACGCAGCAGCCAAUGACACAACAAAUUUCAAUAGCAGUGGCACAGAUUAAAUUUGCAUAGGUCUCUCUGUUCCUCUUUUCUUCUCUUUUAUGUGUCUUCUUUCGUGAUCGAUUAUAAAAUUGUAACUCACAUGUUGAUGACCCUGUUGAUCAAUGAGUUUGGAUAUGAAGAAAAGGAAUUGGGAAAAAGAAAAGAUCUGAGGAAGAAAUUGGCAUGCUUCUGACAUAGACUGUUAUUCCUCUGCUUUCAGAUCUUUGAUAAAAGAUAAAGGAACAUGUAGACGGUGGGCUAACCUUUUGUCAGAUUUUUAUUGUGGCCAUGGUUGUGUUGUAUAGGUUGUAGCUUAUUGGGUUUUUCCGUGGCUUCUGUCCUCUUUUUCUCAGUUUUUAUUUGUAAUUUGCAGCUAGUGUGAUUGUUACCUUUCAAGCUCCUUAAUAUUUUUGUAAUCAGAUCCACUGUGGUUUGUGUUAUUCAUUGAUAGUGUCAUAAUGUUGGAUCAAUGGUUUUGUGUU